CUGGAAUCAGAACGUCCGCUAAGACUGAACCUUCCCGAGUUCCUUCAUUUCUACCCUGCUCACUGCCAACACCUGUGAGGAACUAGCACAUACAUCAUGCCAAAUUUUGCAGGAAUUUGGAAAAUGAAAAGCAGUGAGAAUUUUGAUGAACUUCUGAAAGCUCUCGGUGUGAAUGCAAUGCUCAGGAAGGUAGCAGUGGCUGCAGCUUCAAAGCCUCAUGUAGAGAUCCGUCAGAAUGGAGACCAGUUUUACAUUAAAACAUCUACCACAGUCAGAACCACAGAGAUCCAGUUCACAGUUGGAGAGGAAUUCGGCGAGGAGACUGUGGAUGGAAGAAAAUGCAAGAGUUUUCCUGUUUGGGAAAAAGAAAAUAAGAUUUACUGUAAACAGACUCUGGUAGAUGGGACAGGGCCCAAGACAUACUGGACUCGGGAGCUUGUAGGAGACGAACUAAUACUGGUCUUUGGAGCUGAUGAAGUAGUCUGCACAAGGAUAUAUGUGAGAGCUUGAGAAGAACAUUUGGGCUCUAAGAAUCCUCCUGUGUCCUUCAAUAAUAUAGGGAUCAUCUUCUCGUCACACAUAACCUGUUGUAUAUUUUAAGGUUUUUAAAUAGUGUUGUCAUCCACUAGUGAAAUCAGAUUGCGUUCUUACAAAAUGCAGUUAUGAAUAGAAAGUAAGAAUCUGUAAAGGUUAUUGUAGCAUUCUGGACUGGUGCUAUCUAAUCCUAAAGAUCCUGCCGAGCACUUCUGCUUUUAUAUGUUCUACCAGCAGUCAUAAUGCAACAAUGAUUGCGAUUGCAUACUUCUAGAUUAGCUUUAGAGAGAACUGACCCUUAUACUCAACUGUUUGAUAUAUUUCCCUUUUAUGCUUUUAUUUUAUACCCACUAGGCACUUAAAUUCCUAUAACAAAAAAAUUGAACUAUACAUUCCUAGUGCACAAGGCAAAAAUAACUAAGCAUACAAUUCACAGUAUAUAGCACCUUGAAACCAGAUUUAAAACUACAGUGCCAUUUGUAAAAUGCAGCCAUUGAAAAUGGUUAAGAAUGCCUUAAUGACUUGUCUUUGAGACCAAACCUAAAGUUGUUAGACAAGUAUUCAGGAAAAGUGGCCAAGCCACUCAAUCUAUUGUCUUUAGGGAUACCCUGUGUGAUGCCACAGCAUUGCCUCUGACCUUGUGCAGUUUUGGGAUUAGAGGUUCAUUCAUUAUUCUAGUAUGUUUACAAUUUUUUUUUUAACAUAGUCUCUGUACCUGUAUCCAAAAGGUUGAGAUAGAUUAAAUGAUAAUUUUUAUUAGAUACACAUAUUUUCAUAUGCUUAGACACAUUUUAUACCUAUUAGUUAAAAUUGAUAUAACUGUGUUUUUAGGUUGUAUUUGUUGUGUAAAAUACUUGCCUUUGUUCACAAGAAGUAAUUCUGAGCCACAAAGUAGGCAGCAGAAUGAACAUACAGGAAUCGCAUUCACUACUUAUUUACAUUUAGGGACUGCUAUGUAAGUUUGGCUUUAGAUUUUAAUACUGAAUUAUAGAUGUUCACCCUUUUAAAUGCUUAAGAUAAUCUAUAAAGCUUUCAAUUGUGGAAGAAGCACCAAAAGUGUUUUAUAACAGUCACAUGAAAAAAAUGUAAGGAAAAUUUGGUUGUUUAUCUUGAAGUGCUUAAAGUAUCAGCCCUAAAGUGUGUAGUAGCUCUGUUUCUUGACAACGCUUUCUUGCUUGUACUUGGUUAUUAAAAGGAAUCAAUCAUUAGAUUUUACCAUACAUAACACUUGGCAACACGUCACCACUCUGCUCCGUCUGCUUAGGGAGCAGGGCGAUGACGCGGGCAGUCAAUCACGCCAAUAGGGCGUCACUAUGGCCGAAUGACAGGGCUUGGUAAGUAUAGCUCCCUGACCAGGGGACUACUUACGGGGCAACAUACAAACUUUAUAUCCUCACCAUCCCUGGGGCAAAAACGUCCCCCGCAGAUGGUGAGGAUAAUGAUUAUACAAUAUAUAACGCGUUACCAAUUGUUAUAUAUGGUAAAAUCUAAUGCUUGGUUCCCAUUAAAGUCAUGACAGCUUUGACAGAUCUCAGUAAAUCUUGUUGGAUCCCAUUGACUUUAUAAUUGGUUUGUCAGGUUUUCUUAAGCAAAUAUUUAAAUUUUAUAGCAGCACUUAAAACUAUGCUAUUCUUGUAUUAAAACCUAAAAUAAGGAGAAUUUCUUAAUAGUUCCCAUGUGCACUAAAGGGCCUUUAUAUACAUUUUUGGUAAAACAAUUUUAAGAAUAAAGAAAAGCAAACAUUUAAAGUGGCAAACACUCAGGUAUGUUAUUGUACAUAUAAACGUAUUAAUGUUCUAUUGAUUCAUCAUUUCUUGUUUGGCUGUAUAAAAGUUAACACUAACUUGGAACUUCUAAAUUACAUUCUGGUAUAUACUGAUUUUAUACACUGUCCCAAAUGGAAAUAAAUAUACAGAUUUUGAAAACUAUUUGAAAACUGUGGAGGAUGCCAUUUUAAACUUGUCAUAAAAAAAAUGGAGAAAUGCAUUAGUUACUAGAUUACAGAUUAUGUCACAUUCUUCUUGUGAAUUUAAAAAAAGUCUGAACAUGUGAACCAAGGCUGCAUUUCAUAAGGACACAGUCUGUAUUUAAGACUUUACUGCUGAAGGGGGCUACAAAGCCAUAGCACUACUCCUUCAAUGCUCUUACUUUCUGAAGUGUUUUUGUAUUUUGUACUGUGCCUUUGAUCAGUGUCUCAUUCCAUGUCAUUUCUUGUUACUUUGUGAUUUAAUAAAGUUAUUUCAAU